AUGGCAGUAAGGUACUGCCCCAGGUGUCCGUACUUUUCUGAACAAUUCACGAAAGUGGUGAAUCAUAUUGGGAUCGUGCAUGGCGGUGAUGCUAACUUCACAAUCUUCUGUGGAAUCGGUGGGUGCACAAGUAGCUACACGAAGUUUGCAUCAUACAGAUCCCAUCUCUACCGGUGCCACAGGGACGUCCUGCUUGACACUGGAAGCAACCUAAGCACCAAAACGAGGGAUGGAGACGCUCAAGACCUCGGAGACAACGGCGCUAACGCCGACGCUGAAGCAACUGCGGAGCCAGAAGAAGCGUCCUCCGAAGAAAAAGACUUCGUGGAUUUCUUGGCAGAAGCCAGAACAGCGAUCUGGAACUUCUUCUUUAACAUCACUGAGAACCACAAGCUGGCUCACACAGUGGCAGAGAAAGUCUUCAGCGACCUGCAAAUCGUCUUUGAGCAUGUCAUGAGGGGCUUCGCUGAUGAGAUCGCAGCCAAGGUUGAUCUGUCAGCCCUGCCUCCUGAUGUGCUCUCACUUCUCAGGUGUUCAUUCGUGCCAGAGCUUUUCGAAGGCAUUCAAAGCAAGCAUCUCCGUGAACAGUAUGUCAAGGCACAUACUCCAUAUGUUGAGCCUAGGACAUGUGAUCUUGGCUCCGAAGGGGACAGGUACCACUAUGUGCCAAUUCCAAGGCUUCUUGCAAAGCUGUGUGAAAAUCCUGACAUUGCUGCCCGACUCAUCACGCCGCAAGCAAGCCAUGGUGAACCCGAGGUUUACCGAAGCUUCUCAGAUGGGCUCCUUUUCCAAGACUUCAUGAGUCUUAUCCCAGAUGGGGCCCAGUACACAAUUUUCAUUUUGUUGUACAGUGAUGAAGUGGAGAUUUGUAAUCCCCUGGGACCGAAGCGUGGCAUGCACAAGCUACUUGCUGUGUACUUCACGUUGCUGAACCUACAUCCAAGACACAGGUCGCAGCUACGGUUCAUAUACCUAGUGCUCCUGGUGAAGUACGACGACGUACAGAAGUAUGGUUUGGACAACGUCCUGAGCGCCUUGAUCAGUGACCUCAAUGAACUACAAGCAUACGGACUUAAGUUCAUGAGCAAAGAAGCAGCACAGAAUGCACUGGUCUUUGUAUUCUGUGCACACGAGCAACAUCUGAAAGCUGUGGCUGUGAACCCAAAGUUAAAUAGAAAACUGUAUGGUGUGAACGACCGCUCCCCAAUGCUGGAGCUGCCAUACUUUGACGUGACGCGACAGUGGCUGUGCCACCUCAUGCACGACAUUCUAGAAGGAGGCUUCGAGUCCGUUCUUCGCCCAAUACUGAAGGCGUUAGUUGAGGGAGGGGUGCUGUCGUACAGUGACAUGGACCGCAUCGCUUCCUUUGCAUAUGGGUGGAACGACAAGAAAAACAAACCCGUCGCAAUGAACAGAAGCUUUCUAACAAGCAAAGCAAACUUGAAGGGAACUGCAUCAGAGAAGUGGUGCCUUCUGCGACUCCUGGGUUUGAUUCUUGCCGAGCUGAUUCCAGAAGGUGACGCGGACUGGGAAUUGUUCCUCCAGUUUUGGGAAAUUGUUGACAUCAGCUUUGCUCCUGUCGUGCCCAGCGGGUACCUUCCUUACUUGGAGACAACUGUGCAAGCGUUUCUUGUGGAGUUUGCACAGCGGUAUGGAAGCACAGCCAUCAUUCCCAAGCUUCAUUACCUCAUUCAUUAUGCCAGAAUGAUUCGUGAGGUUGGACCACUACAGCAGUUUUGGUCUAUGAGGUUUGAAGCCAAACAUCAAUAUUUUAAAACCCUCGCCUCACGGAUCAAGAACUUCCGAAACAUAACUCUGACCUUGUCCAAACGACAUCAGCUAAUGCAAAGUCACCAGCUCAAGGAGCUGUCAUUAGAUGCUCAGCUCAUGGCCCCAUCUGGCAAGCCUGUUGACCAGAGUGCUCUGCCACCUUCUGUUCAAGACGUGCUGCCACUGAAUGCACGCCAGGUGUCGCAUGCAGCAAUCGACCACCGCGAGUACCGGUGCGGUGAUAUCCUUGUGAAGGCUGCACAGGACGUUGAACCAGAGUUCUGUGGAGUUGAAGCCCUGUAUGUUGCAUCAGGCAAACUGUUCAUUUUGGUUGAGUUGUUAACCAAUGAAGGCUUCGACAGGCACAAGUUUUGCCACCGUGUGGGCAAGUCAGGGCACCUAAAACUUGUGGACGCUGAUGAUGAUCAGACGCUCCACUGUGCUCUAGAUCUGUAUAAUGGUAGUGAGGUUGUUGUCAAAUGGGAAGUGCUUUAA